CGGCGCGCGUCGCCUGAGAUUCACCGUUUAUACAAGCAGUGCGUCUGCAGAGUGAAGGCAAGUGUUUUCUUCGAUCUCGAUCAUUGUCAAUCGGUAAUCAAUGAACAAAGAUUAAUGCCAAAUAAAGAGGUGCACCGUCGUGUGUUACUUGGAAAGUAAACAAUAUGACAAUGCGUCCUAUCGCAGUUUUUAUUUUCCAUUGUUCAACGGGAUGACCCGGCUAUAUAAACGUUGACUCACACAAGAUAUCUCUCAGUGAAAUAUAUAAAUCAUCAUUUGUCGUUGAUCUACGCUAUCGACAGGUCGGAAGGAGUUACCUAUUCAUGCCCUUCAACGAUUCUUCGCCACAAUGGAAUUUGAUGCAAGAAGAAUGGAGAACGAUUAUACAGAGAUAAUACAGAGACUUCCUCUGUCGCUGAGGUUAGCCUAUGGUACUGGUCAUGUGCUAAAUGACAUCUGCGCUUCUAUAUGGUUUACAUAUCUGUUAGUAUUCUUCCACCUUGUGCUCGGAUUUGAUCCAACUCUGUGUGGUGUUGUAUUGCUUAUCGGUCAGAUAGCAGAUGCCAUGGUUACCCCGUUCGUCGGUUUACACUCCGACAGAAAUGAUGAUUUUUGGUUGUGCAGAUAUGGCAGAAGGAAAACCUGGCACUUAUUAGGCACUGUUUGUGUAAUUCUAGCCUUCCCAUUUAUAUUCUCACCUUGUGUCGGCUGUGAAAACGCACAUCAAGGGGCACAAUUGGUUUACUAUGCAGCUUUUGUAGUAAUUUUCCAAUUUGGUUGGGCGGCGGUACAAAUAUCCCACUUGUCCUUAGUACCAGAGCUUACUCCUACUGAUCAUGAGAGGACUCAACUUAUAGCUAUAAGAUACACGUUUACCGUCUUCUCCAAUGUACUUGUUUACUGUAUCAUGUGGGGUGUACUGCAUAUAACGAGCGAUCAAGGUGCAGAUGCUCAGAUUGGACCUGGUGAUGUUCACAAAUUUCAAAAAGUUGUUCUAAUUGGAAUAGGCAUUGGGCUUGUAGCAUCCCUUAUAUUUCACGUUUUUCUUAAAGAAGGAGCUAAUGGUAAUGGCGAUACUAAUGAUGUACUUCGUAGAAACACUAGGACAGCAUCAGUAUUAUUGAAAGAUACAAAAUUGUAUCAAGUAGCUUGUGUCUACAUGUCUACGCGAUUAUAUAUCAAUUUAUGCCAAGUUUAUAUUCCUAUGUACUUACACGUGUCGCUGAGUAUGCCUGCAGCUUCCCUGGCUUACAUACCGCUGGCGAUGUUCUUGAGUAGCUUCUUGAUGUCAUUAUUUAUAGAGAGGCUCAAUACAAAAUUGGGCCGGAAAAUCGCGUAUUCUAUUGGUGCUUUACUUGCGAUAUGCGCUAGCGUAUGGAUACAAUUCGGCAACAGCGACACGUAUAUCAAAUACGAAAUAUAUCCUGUGGCCGUGUUGUUAGGCUCCGCCGGUUCAAUCAUGUUGGUGACAAGUCUUGGUAUUUGCGCAGACUUAAUAGGACAAAAUACCGAGAGCGGUGCUUUCGUGUACGGAGUUAUGAGCUUUAUGGAUAAGCUCAGCAACGGCUUCGCGGUUAUGCUCAUUCAAUACCUAGUAAAACGGUGCUCGACCAGUUGUAAUAAUUAUUACAGGGAUAUUCUCACGUAUGUUUGCGGUGGAUCCGCGAUAUUCGGUUUACUGAUGAUUCUAUACAUGAGACCGUUCUCCCAUGAUAUGGCUUACAGUACGUUACACCACAAUGGGAACGAGGAUCGAGAUCCGUCUAUAGAAAACUUAGCAAACGAGGGUGCCGAGGUAUCCUUCACGGGACACGCACAUGUUACAUAAUGCAUAUUAAUAUAUAGUUUAUGAAAAUUUUAGCACAAAAUGCGGACCGUAAAGACAUUGAUAUUUAAUAACAAAGAAGAAAGCAACAUGCGUUGCUAUAUGUAUUAACAAGGUACUAUCUUUUUUAUAUUCUACAGAUCUCUAUUGUUGAUAUUACUGUUGAUAUAGAUAUUGAUAUUAAUGUUGAUAUUAAUGCGAAAGUGCGCUACAGUUUACACUUUUGUUCAUAUUUAUACAUAUAUAUAUAUAUAUAUAGCGUUGUUUAUUCUAACGCGAGACCAAUGUAAGCAAUUUCCUCUUUUUUUCUAUAUCUUAUACAUUGUGAUGAUUGUGAGAUACAUCUCUGAAUUAUAGUAUGAAAAAUAAAGAGCAAUAUGUUACUUCUCAAAA